AGUCACAAAUCACAAUUAGUCAAACAUUCGAAGUUUCAAACCAUGCAUUAUUGUUAUUGAAUUGAAUUUAUUGAUUAAAUGAUACACCAGCUGAUAAAAAAAAAAAAUUAACUACUACCAUCACCACCACCAUCUCCAUCGUCAUCGUCAUCGUCAUCGUCAUCGUCAUCUUCAACUUCAUCUUCAUCUUCAUCUUCAUCUUCAUCUUCCACGCUUCUAGGGUUUCUGAGAAGAUCAACAAUGGCGCAAUCGUCGGCGAAAGGAGGAGAAAGAGGCGGAGGAGGAGGAGGGCCGAGAGUAAUUGGGGAUUAUUUGGUUGGGAAGCAAAUUGGAUCAGGUUCAUUUUCUGUAGUUUGGCAUGCUCGUCACAGAGUUCAUGGCACCGAAGUUGCAAUUAAAGAAAUUUCAAUGUCUCGAUUGAACAAGAAGUUACAGGAGUCUCUGUUGUCUGAGAUUUUCAUCCUCAAGCAGAUUAAUCAUCCUAAUAUUAUUCGAUUACACGAUAUUAUUGAGGUUCCUGGAAAGAUACAUCUUGUAUUGGAGUAUUGUAGUGGAGGCGACCUUUUCGUGCAUAUACAGCGCUAUGGAAGGGUCUCGGAAGCCACUGCCAAGCAGUUGAUGCAACAGCUUGCGGCUGGUUUAAAGGUUCUAAGAGAGAAUAAUAUUAUUCAUCGGGAUCUGAAGCCACAGAAUCUGCUUCUUUCCACAAAUGACAAUAGCUCAGUUUUGAAGAUUGCAGAUUUCGGAUUUGCUAGAUCUCUCCAACCCAGAGGACUUGCAGAAACCUUGUGUGGCUCUCCUCUUUACAUGGCCCCUGAAAUAAUGCAACUCCAGAAAUAUGAUGCAAAGGCAGAUCUCUGGAGUGUGGGUGCAAUUGUUUAUCAACUUGUGACCGGGAAAACUCCUUUUAAUGGAAACAACCAAAUGCAGCUGCUCCAAAACAUAAUGAAAGCCACAGAACUGUGUUUUCCUCCAGAUAUAAAAGGCCUGAGUUCAGAAUUUGUAGAUUUGUGUCAGAAGUUGCUGCGACGUAAUCCAGUUGAACGACUAACAUUUGAUGAGUUCUUCAACCACCCCUUUCUUUAUCAGAAGCAACUGAAUGAAACGUCUGGGAGUGAGACAUCAUUCAGAAGAGCAGAUAAUUAUUGUUUAUCCGAGUGCAAUCUUUUGAAGAACAGGAAAGAAAAUUCUCCAGAUGAUUGCUUGCCAUUUCUUUUGGAUGAUGAUUGUAGUGUUGCUGAUGGAAGCCCGUCUUUUCUUGGGAGGAGAUCACCCGUUAAGUCUACUCGUGGUUUUUCCCUUGAUUCCAGAAAAGAAGCAGUGUCUAGCUCUAUCAGACAUGGUGAUCAUUCUUCUAGACAAGGCAAUGAAGCACAUAAGCUACAAACUAAUGGUUUUAGGAAAGAUAGCAGUAGACCUGGGAAAACACAAACUCAACAUCCUCCUAUUUGCAUGGAGCAAAGACGGGUGAACUCUCAUUCAAGAGCUUUGGACUCUUUGGAGUUUACUGAUCAAGAUUACGUCCUUGUGUCUGGAGAUACUGGACCCCCUUCAGAUGCUUCAGCCACCUCGCCUAACAUGUGUAAACCAAGUCCGUCUCCAAUCAAGUCUGAGCUCCCAUUUCCUACAUCUUUCGGUCUUAGCUCAAUAUCUAGUGCCCCAGUGCCAAUUGUUGGUCCAUCAAUCAGGUACCCAUCCUGCAUUGAUAUCAUAGAUAACCAGUCUUCGGUCCCUUCUGGGACCUCACAGGGGUCCAUGGAUGCACCAGGUGGCUUGGAGCAGCCAUCCAGUGACUCCAUCACAAGACUUAAGUCGCUGCAGGAGUGUGCAGCUAGUGUCAAGGAACUGGUUAAUGAGAUGAUCGAAGCUGGUAGACUUCUUGAAGCAUUUUCCAUCCAGCUUGUAAUUUUAGCAGUUUGGAAGCAAGCACUGCAUAUUUGCCAUACACAGGCCGUCUCCUCCACUUAUGGUAGUCCUUCUCCUGAAUUUGCAAAGUCUAGAGGUAGCAUUAACAAGAUCAACUAUAGUCCAGAUUUCCAAGAAUCUCUUGAUGUUGUCUGCUCUCAAAUGCUUGAGGAUGUCUCCAAUAUAAUCAAGAGGGAGUUCUUUAGUGAAGUAGAGCAUGCUGAAGAAUUGUCGAAGUUUGUAGAGCCAGGAAGUGUAGAAUUGCCUGAUGCCAUGGAAACAAUUUAUCAAUCUGCUCUUGCGCUCGGAAGACAUGGCGCAGUCGAUGAGCUAAUGGGAGAUAUGGAAAGUGCAGCAUCUUCGUAUUCCAAAGCUGUGCGGUUGUUGAUCUUUCUUCAUGUGGAAGCACCAUCUUUAAUACUUAAUCCUCCGUUUUCUCUAACGAACUCUGACCGAUUUAGGCUUCGCAACUACAUUAGCAUUUUGAAUGAUAGGCAAGGCGUUUCGAGAUCUCAAAGGAUGGCCCUUCUUAAGCCCGAGGAUCAGCAAUGUCCGCCUUAAACAAGGGGCUGCUUCUGACAUGACUUCCAAUGGUUCACCCUAUUCUUGGUGUAUAUAAUUUGUUUCUGUGUACAGCUACAUUCUUUUGGGUGACUGUUGGGAGUUGACUGAAGUAGACAUGUAUCUUUGAUUCUCUGUUGUAUGUAUACGCCAUGUUUUCAUUCAUUGAGGUUUAAAGAAAGAAAGGAUUAUUUAAGUGAAAGAAGUUCAAAGGUUUCUUA